AUGGACGACCUUGCCCAUGACUUCCACCCCCUGAACCGCAAGCGCAAGGCCGACCAAGACGACUGCCCGUCCUCCCACUGCCAGCCCCAGGAUGGCCCGCCCUCCGUCGAGGCCGCCGCCCCCUGCGACUCCAUGCUCGUCGACCCUGCCGCCACCCCGCGCUGUCCAGCCAACAGCCCGGAUCGCUCGUCGACUGCAUCCUGGCUCCUAGCAGCCGACACCGACGUCGGCAUCGUCCCUGCCUGGCAACAGCCACUGCCCUCACCACCGCCCGCCCACCCCUUUGUCGCCGAGAGUCAGAAGGAGGGCCCCUCCAAACCUAAGCGGCCACGCAUCGAGAUACCCCAGGCCCCCUCCUCCCCGCGGCGUGCGCGCAGGAGGUUCUACAGUCCCGCCCUCUCUUCACCAGCACGUAAGUUGAUCCGCCGUUCACGUACGCACGACACCCGCGACACGGGCAUAGUAUCUGCCACCGAGCCCGGCCCCAGCAGGGGCUCUCUCCUUCGAAUAUGCACGCUGCCCACCACGCCCCGUCCGUCCUCCUCUGUACCAGUCUCGCCUAUAGAGACAUUUUCUCCGCAUAUACCCUCCCACCAGCCACCUAUCAACCGAGAGACACUCAAAGAACUAGAUCUGGAAGCCAUUCUCCGCAAUCCUCAGCUACGUCACGACCUGCUCUUCGACUCGGGCCUGCAGUUCCGCCCGACGUCCAGCCGGCGAAAACGCGACAUGGCGGAGAACUACUGGAUUGCGAUCGUGCGCGAGCUCGAGUGUGGCUGUACCUGCUUCACCGUCGACGCCCACGGACGACCAUGCGAGCGUAUGUGCAUCUGCAGCUCGCUGCCCCUCCCGACCGGCCGCCCUAUCUGUGCGUUCGCGAAUGACAACCGCUGCACCGUCCGCACGCCUUCGCGCAUCCGCCCGCUGCUGCUCGAGCUCCUCGAGGUGCUCGUGUCGAUCAUCCAGCCGGUCAUGUCCAAGACGACCGGCCUGUGUGUGCAGCCGACCGCGCUGCAUCCACAGUACCAGCAGAACGUAGCACAUGUGGCUCUCCUCCGGAGCGUGCUGGACGCAGACCUGAUCCAGCAGGAGAUAGACCACGGCUUGUUUGACCCCUCGGGUGUCUUCCAGACGAUCGGCGAUAUCAUACGGUGCCACUGCGCGCCCAUGCGCGACGGUGCCGUCGACCAGAUGGUUGCCCUCGCGAAAUCGUGUGCCCCGGGCGGAGGGGGGAGCAAGGUUGAGGCCGUACGCGCGAUCCGGCUGUGCUUCGAGAUCAUGGAGCUCAUGAAGCUGGACGUUGCGAACCACCAGUUGCAGACGCUGCGGCCCUAUCUCGUGCAGAGUGCUGCGCAGUAUGAGCUCAAGACGUUCCACGAGAGCAAGGAAAGCGGCCGGCUCUGCAUGGACGUCACGCGCGAGUGGCUUCGUGUCGCACAUCGCGACCUCUCCGCCCGCCAGGACUCCUUCACUCUCAAUACCCUCCCCUCCUCGCAUUUCACAAAACUGCCGCGCCGGACGCAGAUCGACAUCGCCGUGACCGCAGGGCUCGUCGACCUCGUCUUCAACCCGCCGCCGCGCGGCUCCAGCUCCCAGCCGCCGUACCUCUCGCCACGCCCGACCGCGCCCGGCUCGCCCGCACGAUACCCCGAGACGCUGUAUCUCGACCAGGCGCGCGUCUCGAGCUACGCGAAGGACGCGGCGGAUUUCGCGGCUUUGUACAUGCUCCUGCUGCUCUAUCGCCAGCUCGUGUUGUCCGGCCAGCAGCAGGGCCACGUGCGCCUCGCCCUCGACGAUCUGCUCAGGCUCAAGAAGGAGAUCUGGGAGGUUGGGCCCACGCACCUCGGGCUCUGCUUCCGCCCGCCCAAGGAUACGGGCGCGCGGGGGGAAGCAGAGACGAAGCGUUGGAAGACGGAGAUGGAAGAUGUCGUCCUGCAGGUGACGAGACGCGCCGGUGAGGUUCGCUGUAGUCCACCUAAUUCGGCUGCCUCUGCGUCGACAUCAUCGCAGCCGGCGGCGUCUCCGAGCGUAGCGAAGUCCUCCACCCCCGAUGCACAGUUGACGAAGCUCGCGACGAGCUGGGCCGAGUCGAAUCUGCGCGCUGACUCCUCGUUGAGCACGCUGAUGCGCCGGCGCGUGCGUGACGCCGUGUUCCGCAUAGCACUCCCGAUCGUCGUGCCAUCGCUGAAGCGGAGCGAACCGCACGCCGAGUCCGAGACGUCGAGCGGGCUCGAGCCGCUCAUGCCCGAGGUCCAACACCUCGGCGAGCGCAUCGCAAAAUUGGCGGGCAUCCACCUCAAUGUGUACGGUGCGCUGUACGCACAACCGGGCUUCCUCGCAGAGUCCGCGGGCGCAAUCGCCGCCAGCACAAAUACCACUACCACUACUUCCACCACGAGUUUUCCUGCAGCUAUCUCCACCGUGGCCCCUGCCACGACCUGAACCACCACGACGGUUACCGCGGACUAGGCUCCUAGCUUCCUUGUCGAGUACCCUUCCAUUUUUCGCUGCGUCUGCGUUGCGGCGGGCGUGUGGCCCCGGCUCUUGCCUGCCUCUCGCCCCUGCCGCCCUGCAGUCCGCCUCGAUCGCCUCGUGCGGGCGUGUUGGCCGCCACCACAGACCGUGGCACCCUCCGCACCCUCCUUCUUUACCCGUUACCCAUUACCCGUGCAUUAUCCCAUCUGUUUCUGGCUUGUCCUCCCUCUUACUCCUCUCCUACUCCCUCUCCUCGCUCUGCUCUCGCACUAGUGUUAAUGAUCCUGUUGACGACGACAUGUAAUUACUCUUACAAGCAGGAAAUAAUGCCGAAGAAGUUCACAACGUCUUUUACAAAUUGCUCGCGCGCGCGGUC